GCUCUCCAGCUUGAUGCGGAAGUGGUUUUCAUGAGCAUAUCAUACCCGUGACCGGGUAAAUCGCAAUUGCGAACAUGGAGUUGCGCUUGUUUUUCUUCGUAGCUUGCUAGCGAUAACCAAUUGAGGUUCGCGAUCCAGAAAUGUAAAAUGUCUGUUGUCUUUGUACCGAAGAAGCAACGUGGGAAAGCACAAAUCGACCAGGAGAUAAUACAAAGAUUGCUCGACGAAAACGACCAGUUGGUAAGAUGUAUAACCGAAUACAUGCAAAAAGGAAGAGCCACCGAAUGUGUCCAAUACCAGCAGAUAUUGCACCGAAACAUUGUUUAUUUGGGAACUAUCGCGGAUGCCAGCCCAAACCUUCCUCCAACAUUGACCACUCCUUUUGAAAAUGGAGAGGUGCCCAUGCCCUUGCCGGUCUUAAAUGAGAGCGUUAAUGGUUGUAGCGCAUCAGAUGAUAAAGAAAACAAGGUAACAGGUUCAUCGUGAGCUCAUUUUGGAUGUUCGCUUCGGCCUACUUAAAACAUUUCAAUGAAUCAUGUUAAAUCAACCGGUAUAUUUGGAUGAUGGAUUUUAACAAAUGUAUGAUUCGCUAUUUGACAACAUUCUGUACAGAUGUGUAAAUGGUGUGUAUUAUUUGCUUGAUCAACAGCAAAUGUUGUCAUUCCUCCAUCAGAAAUAUGCAUUCACUCGCUCUUCCCAGCUUGUUCAACGAAAUGGAGGCUACAUAUUCAAUUGAAAAUUUAGGCCAUAAUGUUGUCUGGUGUUAGUUCCCUCUUAUAUGCUGUAAGCUCAUCAGAAACCCUUGGUAUAUGCGGUCAAGCUGACCCAAGGUUAUUAUGGUUAGUAUAAGGUCUGUGGUAUUCAUUCGAUACAUCAAGGAAAAUGUCAAUAUUGUAUAAUUGACAAUUUUGUAAUAUGUAACUGCAAUAAACCUAUUGCACCAUUUGCUAGUAAUGGUCAACAUCA